UACCGCGAAGCGAUAGGCGCUUUGAUCUUUCUCCGACGCGUUAUUGGCUAUAGGUUUAGACGUGGGCGUGGCCGCCUGCAAGGUAUGUCCAGACAGAACAGAGGGGGAGGUAAUCGCUCGUGUUUGAGGAAGAUGGCGUCUGCGAAGAAGUCUGGGAGCGGUGUUCUUGAAAAAGCAGUAAACAGAAGACGCUCGUCCAAACACAAAGAGGGUCCAAUAGUGAUGGACACCAAGGCAGUGUUCACUGCUUUAUACGAUGUGUGUGAUGAAAAUGCCGCCUUCUUCUCUGGGGCCACGAAGGGCCAAGCCGGAGACGCAGCCCAGCGCCUGGUGGACGCCAUGACCACCAUCCAGGAGCACGCCCGGAGCCUGGAGCCUGUCAUCUCUGGAUUCGCUGCUAUCUAUCACCAUUUUGACUUUGACCCUCAUAUCCCCGCCAAUGGAUAUCGCUCCCUCGUUAAGGUGGUGCGCUGUUGCCUCCUCCACAUCAUUCACAAAGGGCGCUAUAUCUCAUCCAACAGACGCAGUAUAUUUUUCCGCGCGAGCCACAAUGCAGCAGAGAUGGAGGCGUACUGUAGUGCUCUGUGUCAGCUCAGGGCUCUGCUCUAUCUAGCUCAGAGACUGCUUCAUGACAACAGCCACGGCAACCUCUUCUUCCAGGAGGAAAGUGGCCUCAGUCAAAGCUUCCUGAGAGAGUACGCCUCCAUGCACAAGGGCUGCUUCUACGGCCGCUGUGUUGGAUUUCAGUUCACUCCUGCCAUCCGUCCAUGCCUGCAGUCAAUUGCUAUUAGUCUGGUUGCCUUCGGAGACAACUACAAGAAGCAUCAGUCAGGGAUAGUGGAGGCAGGAGAUAUUUCUCCAUAUGGUGUAGCAGCCAGUUCUUUCCUGACCUCUGGGAAAUAUGCCAUUGACCCUGAACUGAGAGGUCAGGAGUAUGAACGUAUCACUCAGAACCUGGAUGUUCAUUUUUGGAAGACAUUCUGGAACGUAACAGAGACAGAAGUUCUAUCCAGUCUGGUGUCUAUGACGGCCACACAGGUGAAGGUGAAUCGAGCUCUUUCUGUCCCCCCCAUGCCCUUUGACCUGCCGCUGGUGGCAGAUCCCACCCACACGGUGACUGUGUCUCCUCCCGCAGCUCAUUUCGGCCCGGCGCCUGUGCAGAUGAGAUUGAUCUCAUACGAGCUGAGAGAAGGACAGGACAGUGAGAAAUUACUAGCACUGUGUCGCUCAGAGGGGGGCCCGAUAUCGCUUUCUUUGGGCCUGAAGACAAAGCGCAGUCCUCCUUCCCCAUGGCUGGUGUUGCACUUCCACGGAGGAGGCUUUGUGGCACAGACCUCCAAAUCACAUGAGCCGUAUUUGAGGAGCUGGUCUCAAGACCUGAAUGCCCCUGUCCUUUCGGUGGACUAUUCUCUGGCCCCUGAAGCCCCGUUUCCUCGGGCUUUGGAGGAAUGUUUCUACGCCUACUGCUGGGCCAUCAAGAACCACAACCUGCUAGGUUGGACCGGUGAGCGUGUGUGUUUGGCCGGUGACAGCGCAGGAGGAAAUCUGUGUGUGACCGUGUCGAUGCGAGCCGCUGCUCACGGCGUGCGUAUGCCAGACGGCAUCGUUGCCGCAUACCCCGCCACCCUGCUCACCGUGUACGCCUCGCCAUCCCGCCUGCUCACCCUCAUGGAUCCUCUGUUGCCCCUCAGUGUGCUUUCACGCUGCCUCAGCGCUUACGCAGGCACAGAUCCACAGGUGGAGAAGCAGGUGGAGAAGGUAAGCACUUUGAGCAUGGUGAAGAGAGAUACUGCCCUGCUGCUCAGAGACUUCAAACAAGGAGCUUCUAACUGGAUCCAUUCACUGCUGGACAAAGGGAGCGCAGACUCUGUAAGAAAGAGUGUUUCAGAAGCGUCUCUGACCUCUCCUCACGCAGACCCUCCGGUGUCCGGAAAAAUGUCUGAACACUCUCUGGAGAAGGGUUCUCUGAAGAGCCAGACGUGCCAGGACUUGGGCACACACGCUAACAGCAGUGCCAGCAACGUACAGAAAAACGCCAACCACCUUAGCACCGCCACAGCCAACCACAACUCCAUCCUUGACAUCACACUGACGCCCGAGAGCAAGCCCGAGGAUGUGAGUUUUUUCCUCUGCAAAGAGGUGGAUCCCUCAGUAUCAGAAUCAUUUUCAUUUGUGGCCAUCCCGCCCCCUGGUGGCGAGGAGAACUCUGAGAAUACCCGGGAGUUUCCGGAGGGCUUCGAGCCUCUUCGUUCAGAGCAAUUAGCAGAGAUGAACGUCCAAAGUUCGCCCAUUGUCAGAAACCCCUACAUGUCCCCUCUUCUGGCUCCAGACAGCAUGCUAAAGGGACUACCUCCAGUACACAUAGUGGCCUGUCAUCUGGACCCCAUGCUAGAUGACUCUGUGAUGUUUGCCAAGAGGCUGCGAAAUAUCGGUCAGCCAGUGACCCUGUGUGUCGUGGAUGACCUUCCUCAUGGCUUCCUUAGUCUGUCCCAGCUCUCGAGGGAGACUCGGGAAGCUGCUAACGUAUGUAUGGAGCGAAUCAGGGAUGUCUUCACCAUGAAAGACCCUCCCCCAGAGAUGCGCAAGCACCGCAAACUGGAACGGACCAACCAGAAGCCUUCUGCUACCAAACGAGACCACACUCAGCUCUCGCAAGUGACUGUGCAGGAGGAGGAGGAGGAGGAGGAGGAGGAGCUAUUUAUUGGGGGAGGGGCUUCUGUUGUGGAUGAGGAGGGUCUUGCUGGUUUUUACCCUCCUACUAAAGCUGAAGCUGAAAAUAUUCCAGCUUAGGUUUUGGCCUGUAUGAUACCAAAAGAGAUUUGUAUGGGUAGAGUAAGGUCAUAUUAUAUAAAUAAUGCAGCGAUAAUAGCAGACUACUGUAUCGUGUAAAACAUGAAAUGAAGGAAAAACAUAAACAUGAAGGAAUUAAAGGAAUAGUUCACCCAAAAAAUACAAUUUCUGUCAUCCGUUGGGUAGUUACAAAAUAUGAAUUUCUUUGUUCUGCAAACACAAAGGAAGAUAUUUUGAAGAAAGUUUGCAACCUGGCUGUUGUAGUGUAUGGAAGUCAAUGGUGACCCAAAACAAAACAUUUUCAUACAGAUUUGGAACUACUUGAGAGUGAGUAAAUGAUCACAGAAUUUUUAUUUUUGGGUGAAAUAUUCCUUUAACCAGCUAUUACAUGAAAUCUUAUGAAAGACACUAAGUAUUUAGUUAUAGAGUGGAUGAAGUUCAAAUUAGAGCAGAUUUUCUGAUUGUGUACUAUUUCACUCCCUUUACACCUGUUUACCACCUUGCCUUUGUUGCAUUAUACCAGCACAAAAACUAAUAUCCUGCCUUCUACAAAAACAUCCCAGCACAUAAGCGUCAUUAAAAGACAUUACAAAAGGAUUUAUAAACCCAAGCCUCACUCCUUAUAGCACUAUAACAGUUCUUAUAUUAUAUAUUCUUAAAUAGGUCUACAAACUGUGAUUCAAUAUUGUACUUGUGUGCUACAGUUUAAACUCCAUAGAAUGCAUUGCUGCUAGGCAUCCUGGGGGUAACUGACAGAAGCAUUUAUUAAUGGUUGAUUUUUUUUUCCUUUAUAGUAGCUUUUGAAUUAUUUAUAACACCGAAUUAUAAUAUGGUGUUACUGUGUAUGUUAAUUAACUUUUAUAAAUCCACCUGCCUCUCGUCUCCUAGAGGACGUCCUGUGCGAGUAGCGUUUGAAUAGGAUUUCUGAUGCUGCUUUGUCCUCAUAGAGUUGAGUGUUUAUUAAAUGCAAUAAAUCUCGAUCGAAUUUC